CCAUCUCUAAAGCGAUUCAAUACACGUGCAAGAAGUCAACAACCAACAAGAAUGAGUGAUUUCAACAAGUAUUGCCAAGAAGCCGCCGAGGAGGAGCUGCCCGACUCGGAGGACGAGGAAGACAUCGGCGACGAGGACACCUGUAGCCCCCAGGAGCUGGCCGCCGAAUUCCAGCUGCAAUAUAAGCCACAGGACGAGACCAGCGUGUCCUUGCAGCGGGAAUAUGUGCUCAGUCUGGCCGCCGAUCAGGGAUUCACCCGGAUUGCCGCUGGUUUGUCCAGUUCGGCGAUGCACAUAUACAACCUGGAUGCGGGCGCCGGGAAACUGGCCAACUUUAGCUUUCUGCCGCCCACAGACUCCCCGAAGCCUGUGAGCAUUUGUGGCAUCCGUUUCCUCGACGAGGGACCCCACAACAUCGUUGUGGGAACCACCGAUGGCUAUGUGCGCCUCUACGACCUGCGCCUAAAGGGCGAGCAGGCGAGAUUCUCGUACCGCCACAAAUACAUGGAGUGGCCGGUGCCCAAGUCGAUGUGCUGCUUCGAUAGGAACGCCAAUGGGCGGGUCAUCUGCUGUGGCACCGAGCAAUUCGAGAGCAACGCCUUCCUGCUGUUCCACGACGUCCGGGAGCGACGGCAGAUGGGCUGCUAUUGUGAAAGCCACGAGGACACCGUCACCUCCGUGCGUUUCCAUGCCCAGAAUCCGGAUCUCCUGGCCACGGGCAGUGUGGAUGGUCUGAUAAACAUCUUUGAUGUAAAGGAGGCGGAAGAGGAAGAGGCCCUGAUGAGCACCUUUAACACCGAGAGCAGUGUGGCCCGUCUGGAGUGGCAUAAAAACGUCUACGACAAGGACAUUGUGUCCUGCAUCACAACCACGGGUGAUUUUAAGAGCUACGAAAGCGAGGAGGGCGAUGAGGUGGCCUCCUUCCAGCGGCCAGAUGUCACGGCGGCAAUAAGGCGCAAAAAUGCGGCCAACUUUAACCUAAUUGGUGCCCACAACCAGGAGGACGGAGGAGUCUUUCUGCUGGCGGGCACGAAUUUCAACAAGGGGGAGAUCCUGCGCUCCGUGAGCGUUACCAACAAGAACGAACUCCAGCCGCUGGCCAAUUUUCAGGGAAACAAGCAGAUUGUGAGGGACAGUCUGUUUGAUUCCAAGAAAGGAUUACUGAUAACGGGCGGCGAAUCCGGCAUUGUUACUGUUUGGUCACAGGAAACCAGUGGAACCGCAGGCAGCAGUGACAAGCUGAAAGUUAAGAAGGAGAAAAAGUCUCGCAAGCAGGCACCAUAUUAAAUAUUUGUUAUUUAAAAUUUAAAUAAAGAUUUACUGAAUUAAGUA